CGCACCACCGCCAUUACCAUUUUGCAUUGUCACGAGCCGUCCGUUCCGUCGACGUCCUGUAUGUGUGCGUGCUACAUUACAUUCAGAAAGUGUUAAUUCGAGCAGUUUUAGUUGAAGCUCCCAACCAAAUGUCUCGUUACGAUCGAGCUAUCACCGUUUUCUCUCCAGAUGGCCAUCUCUUUCAAGUGGAGUAUGCACAGGAGGCGGUCAAAAAGGGCUCUACGGCUGUUGGGGUUCGUGGUAAAGACAUAGUUGUACUCGGCGUGGAAAAGAAAUCCGUCGCCAAACUUCAAGAGGAGAGAACAGUCAGGAAGAUCUGCAUCCUGGAUGAUCACGUGUGCAUGGCUUUCGCUGGCCUCACGGCAGACGCUCGCAUUAUCAUCAACCGAGCCCGCAUUGAAUGUCAGAGCCACCGGCUGACCGUGGAAGACCCUGUGACAGUGGAGUACAUAACACGCUUUAUUGCCCAGCUGAAACAGCGUUACACACAGAGCAACGGACGGCGACCAUUUGGCCUGUCAGCACUCAUUGUGGGAUUUGACCUGGACAAGACGCCACGGCUGUACCAGACAGACCCUGCUGGGACAUACCACUCAUGGAAGGCUAACGCCAUCGGCCGGAGCGCAAAAACAGUCCGAGAGUUUCUGGAGAAGCACUGGACGGAUGAACUGGUGGAGUCGGAACACAACACCGUCAAGCUGGCCGUGAGGGCACUUCUGGAAGUGGUGCAGUCUGGCGCCAAGAACAUUGAGCUGGCGGUCAUGAGGAAAGGCGAGAGGCUGAAGAUCUACGAAACGGAAGAAGUUGAGAAGUUUGUGGCGGAGAUCGAGAAGGAGAAAGAAGAAGAAGCAGAAAAGAAAAAACAGAAGAAAACCACAGGCCAGACAUCAUAAUGAUGUCAGUACUGUUUUGUAGUAUUCGUUUUUGGGUUUUUUUUUUUUUUAACAUGUUUUGGGUAGAAUGCGGCCCACGUCAUUGACUUUAUGUCAGUUCCAGUUUGUGGACAAAAGUCGUCAUCACACACAUGCAAAUUGAGCCCUACAUGGGCUAAACGAGUGCCCCCGAUGACCUGAAUUUAUUCCAUCUUCAUUUCCAUGCCAUCUUAGUCGUGUAAAUUUAUUCCAUGGACUGUGGGAACACCCCAAAGCUGGACUUCAUUUCUGCCAUUCUGGGGUGAGUGAAACUCCACCUGGGCUCGAGUUUUCCCACCAUGAGCUGGGUGUACGUAACCUAGUGAGGAUUCGUUUACUGCGGCGUUAAUUUGGCUGAAUUUAUCCCACCAACCAUGGUCUGAGUGUAAACUCGGCGGGCAUAUCACUGUGGGCUUAAGUGUUAACUAUGGCAUAGAAUGUUACCCCAGUCAUGGGAGAGAUUAACGCAGUGGAGUUUCCCGUAGUCCGUCCUGUAGGUUUUCUGUAGACCUUUGUCGAUUCUAUUGCAGUUCACAGGCCGUGUCGGAGCCAGGGCCCAAUGCCACGGACCCUGCUGAACAGUAAGCAGAAAAGUUGCGCUUACUGUUGCAAAAAACUUUGCUAACCAUAAGCACUAUUUCAUGGCGGUGCUUGACGUGGUUGUGCAUGCAUAGAGAUUUUCAUUGUUUUGUCUUUGUUAAGCAAAUUUGUUCCUCCAAGGUAAGCGUGCCUUUUGCCUAGCCUACGGUCUUUACAAAAUACACGAAUUGUAUGUUAGCAUAAAAUCUUGUGCUUAGCAGCGCCAUGAAAUUGGGCCAAGGUUUGGAAUAGACAGGCAGUCAACAUUCUUGUGAGAGUUGAUGGCACACCUAUCUUGUCCAAAGUGUUUUUCUCACGAAAGUUCAAACUAACAUAGAUAUUGGUCUACUCGAUGUAUCAAACGAAAGCUGCUUCGUACAUGUAUGUAAUUUGUACUGUUUUGUUGCACAGUGGACGGUAAAAUAAAAAUGGUCAUUAUCCAUCAAA